AUGAGGAAGUUGCCUCCACUGGUGAGGCAUCCGAGCCUGGCAUUACAGAUAAAAUUGAAAAUUUUGUUCAGCCGAACCUUCCUGACCAGGAAGAUCCACCUGAUACUGGCUCAUUCCAUAAUUUGGCAGUGGAGUUUUCUGUGGUAGAAAAAACUUCACCAGCUCUUAUUCUUGGGUUGGCUGAAAUUGUUAAUAGCCUGCUCAGAGAUCGACUGACCAAAGAAAAAUUGUCUGAGGUCCAGUCACAGUAUAUCAGACCAGAAAAUUGUCCUAAUUUAGUUGCACCCAAGGUUAACAAACAAAUUUGGCAGCAAAUGAGGCAGGCAACAAGAAAUACUGAUUCUGCUCUUCAAAAGACACAGGGUCUAUUAAUUUCAGGCCUUUGUGCUGUCUUAGAGGUGUGUAAUGUUUCUGAUGGGGAUCAAAAAUCUAAGCUUGCCCAUGCAGCUGUUUUAUUGUUGACAGCAAAUCGAGAGUUCAACAUGAAACGCAGGGACUUGAUUCGUCCUGAUCUUAACUCAAUUCGAUCCGCCAAUAUUAAUUUCCGACGUAUAUGACGGGAAGAUUAAAUAUUAAAGAACUUCAGAAAUAUUCAUAUAAUUUUAUUGUUUCUCGCUCAAUUUCAAGCGAAUUUCUUACCUUGAAAUGAUCAAUGCGGUGAAAUUUAUGUAAAUGCACAUUAUCAAUUUUGCUGUUGCAUUUUGAAUGUUCCGCCUGAUUCAAAUGCUCGUCUUUUUGCUUCUUUUCAACGUAUAAUAAUAACAAAUAUACCAAAAGAAUCGCCAUCUUCCAUUCUAUAGCUCGGAGCAGUCUCGGGAAAUUGCAAAAUAAUCUAAGCCUAUUAUGGCAAUUCUCGUGAUCGGAAAGUGUUCGGCCAACUUCGGACGCCAAAUUCUUGGUAAAGCAUUACAGUUUCCUGGUAAAAGACUGCAGGAAUCACUUCUGCAGUGUUUGUUUACCCUAGAUACGGAUUUUGAUUGGCUUAGGCAGAAAAACAAAUCUUUUAGAGCAAUUUUCCUGAUUAUCGCGCACGGGAACGCACGAGCGUUGAAAUGUAUUGUGUUGUAGUUUUGUUUGAAUCGCAUUCCGAAGACGUUUUUGGCUUUAUUUUGCAAACUGAUAGUGCUAGUAAUGAUGGAAUGUCUUCGUAUGAAGACAAGUAUCUCAACCUGGCAUUGGGAGUCGUGUCUGGAGUUUCAAGGCAAGUAUUUGUAUCAUUUCUAGACAAUUUCUAUUUCAAUGUUUUGCCGUUGCCAUGGCGUUGUAAAUUUAUUUGUAUUUAGUAUAGCUUCACUAGUACGACCAAGUAUGUCCACAUAUCGCUUUUUUGUGUUGAAAUAAUCGUUCAUACUGAAAUUGACAAAUAUAAAUGGUAUUUAUUUAUAUUGUUGACGAAAAUUUAUGGUGUUUUAGGCAUAAAAAUCUCUGAUUCCUAGGCGAAGUAAAAUGAGCCUUGAGCACAUGUUUGGUUGUUUGUUACAUACAUAAUAGCCAAGUAUUCAUACUUAUAUCUUACUAGUUGGCUCUUAUUAUAAUUUUAAGUGGCACCAUGUCUAUAAAAGUUUUUAUUUGCACUGAUGAAUAUAUUGUUCCUGUUCCUAUCUGCUGUUCCUGUUUCAUAGCUUCAGGGAAGUAGAGUUCUGAUGAGUCACAAGAACCCCACUCACCAACCCAGAGGGAAGGUAGGGGGAUGAGUAGAGGUAGAGGGAAGCCCAGCCAUUAGGACCUAAGGUUUCGAAAGCUCCCUGUCUAGCAUCCCCACUAGGCCCCAUAGUACAUGACAGAUAUGAUGAUCCUGACGCCAGGAAUGUGCUCCCAGAUUUUGCUCCUCACUGACAUGUCCAGGAUCCAUUCCGAUCAACUGUGAGCUUGAGUUCAUUCGGCUCAAUGAACUGUGAGCUUGAGUUCAUUCAACUCUUUUUUACUAAGGGAAUGCUUCAGGAGGUAGUUUCCUGGCCAUACCAAUACAUAUGCCCACAUACAAAUAACUCAAAAGUUAUCCCCAUAUACUAAUAAAAAAGGGUCUUGCAGUCCACCAACCUUGAGAGGUUGAUUGCCUUUAGUAUAAUAUGCAGGUUUGCUAAAGGUCGACAGUGAGAUUGAAAAUUAUUGGAGUGUAAAAACCUUAUAUCAUGGUCUGUGGGCAAUAGACAUAAUUUCUCGGGUUAGGUACAAAGCGCUUAUGGCGUUUGUGAAUAUGGUAGAUCCUGUACUAAAGACUACAGCAAUAACCUGCAUCAACAACUGUACCAGCCGUCACAGAAUAUUGUUGUUGCAGACAAACACACUGUCAAAUCAAGAAAUAGGUUGGGGGUUAGGCAGUUCAUGAAAGCUAGAUGACCUACUAUGUGGGGAAUAAAUCUGUGGUUUGCUGCAGACAAUCCUAAUGGUUAUAUUGCGACUUUGAAAUUUAUACAGGAAGAAGUCCAGAUAUUCAUCGCAACAGAUUUGGGUAUGACGUGGUGAUCUGAUAUCAGUUUGGUUACAGCCUUAGGUCUUUUGUAGUACAAUAUAAAGGGAAUAUUUUCACCACAUAAUCCAAUUAUGUGCUUUGGCAAACAUUACUGCUUUAGCAAACAUUACUACCUUGGAAAACAUUACUUUUUUAUAACUACUAAUUAUGAUGAUGCCAGUCCAACAACACUUGGUCAUGCUAUUUGCAAAUAUUUUCAUGUUCUAGAUUGUGAAAACAAUCAAUUUCUAAACAAAUGAGUAGUGAUUAUUUCAAAUUUGAAUAGCAUGACCAAAUUAUGAGGCUGGUUAUGACACUAAUAACUAAAGUCAAUGGUGUAAUGAUUAUCUAAGAAUGUAUGUAGUAAUUGUAGAAAUAAAGACAUUUUGCUAAUCAUGAUUUGAGUGUUCUUUUGUGGGUAUCAGACUUAUUUUGGUGCCUACUAUCUUUGGAGAGUAAGAAAUAUUGGAAAUUUGUAUUGAUAACAUGUUGCAGCAAUAAAAAAGGACCUUUGAUAAAGGUAUUUGUUUCAUGUGAGCACAAAAUGUAAAUUUUACUCCACUACCUAGUUUAUAUAAAAAUUCAAUAAAAAUAUUUCUAUUUAUGCUACAUGCAUGAAACUUCGGGUACUUGUAGAUCAUAACCGUGUCUUUCAGUCAUAUUCAUAAAAUUUUUUGACAUAUUUGAAAUUUGAACCGCUAAAUACAUUUAUGCAUAAUUGCAACAUUUUUUUAUAUCAUAAUUUAUGCAAAUUUAUGCGAGUAAAUCGUUAACCAAGCUCGGGAUGAAAUUGAAAUUGGUAUCGUUGGAAAGCAGAAGUCCCUCCUCUUUCGAACGGUGCAAUUUCUGUUUCCGUGCGAUGUAUAGUUUGAGAGAUAUAAGCGUUUGAAACAACACCACUCGAAAUUACUACUUUUCCACCGGAUGAGAAUGAGUUAAACAAUUUUAGCUCAGUUGUAUUGUAUAACAACGCUCCACCAAGAAAACGAGGGAAGAUACGUGAAGUAGAAAGGAUUAUAAGCUGAAAGAAAGAGAAAAAUGUAAGCUGAACAUGUUGAUUUCUUUGAUAUAAAAAGUCUGUUUGGAGCAUUUAUUCAUAUUUUAUGUUGUUGUAUGUCUAGUUUAUACUUCCAAAGCUUCAUAUUCAGUGAUUGUGUAUCAAUAGGGCCAUUUAUACGGAACAAAAUAAGACGCGACUUAAAUAAGACGCGAGUUUGUCGUAUAAAAGGUACAAAAUUUUUAUGUAAGACGCGUCUUACAUAAGAACAGGCCUUUUAGCUGUUCUUAUCUAAGUUGCGUCUUAAAUAAGAAAUUUUGGACAAAAAGUUUAACUACACAUGCCAGAAACUUGAAACAACUUAAAAUUAUUAGCCUUGCAUAUUAAAAAAAAAAACCGAAACAACAUUAUAGCUAUAGCAAGUAAAUAAGAAUAAAGCCCUAGAGAGCCAUUUAUGCGAUAACUCCGCUUAUUUAAGUCACGUCUUAUGUAAGUGGCGUCUUAUUUUGUCUCGUAUAAAUGGCCCUAAUGUUAAUGAAGGUAUAAUAAUAAAUAAAUAAACUAUGGGCAAUGUUUUGUAAUAGCCCUCGACAGAUAGUUGUUUAUGUUAUAUUUAAUAUCCCUUGCGAAAAUCAACACUAUUUUAACCCUAUUUUAUCCCUAUUUUACUUUCUAUUUUAUUCCUAUAGAAAAGCUAUUUUAUUUUUAACCCUAUAAUAUUGCUAUCACAUAUACAAAUCCUGUAUUAAACCUAUUAGAACUCUGUUUUAAUUGUAUUUUAUAGCUAUUAUAAAUAGAUUUUUUUGAAACAAAAAAUAGCCUAUUUUAAAUAGAUUUUAUUUUUCUGAAUCGGUGAAGCACAGAUUAAAAUAGGUUUAAAAUAGGAUAAAAUAUAUUUGAAAUAGAGUGCAAAAUAGAAAUAAAAUAAUAAAGUAAAGUGAAACAUUGGUAAUAAAAUAGAUUUUAAAAUAGGUUAAAAAUAGUCGAAAAUACAUAUAAAAUAGUGGAUCAACUGCAGUAUAUUAACUAAAAAUAGUAAUAAAAUUACUGCAAAAAUAGUAAUAAAAUAGUUUAAAAAUAGUAAUAAAAUACUGAUAAAAUAGUAAUAAAAUAGUAGAAUUUAAAAUAGUGAUAAAAUAGCUAACAAAAUAGUAAAAAAAUAGUUCAAAAUUCUUAUAAAAUAGUAUAAAAAUAGUAAUAAAAUAAUCAGAAAGUAGUAAUAAAAUAGUUAUAAAAUAGCAAUAAAAGAAUAGUAAAAUAGUCAUAAAAUAGCAAUAAAAUAGUCAGAAUGUAGCAAUAAAAUAACAAUAAAAUAGCUAUAUAAAAAUAGUAGCACUGCAACAUAGUAGUUACUUUACUAGAAAAUACAUGCAUGCAGAAACCCUCGCCUUGCUGACAAAACCAUUGUAUUUUCCGAACAUGAAUUAUCUAAAGUAGUUGCCAUGGUAACACGAUAAUUUUUUAAGAAUAUUCGGUAAUCGUUCUUACAAAUGAAAAAUCGCUUAAAAAUAUCACUUUUAAUUACAAAAUUAUCAAUUUCCCAACAUAUAUAUGUUAAGUAUGAUAUUAUACGUAAUAUAAGCUUCAAUUUAAGGUAAAUUUCAACCACAAACGCUUCGCAAAACGUUUUAAAGUGUUCUUUAUAAAACUAAACUGCCUUUAAUGAAAUGGCUUUAUCGAUAAACUUUGAGUUUGCAAUAAAAUGAUUUCAAAUUCUAGCAUGCAAAUAACUUUGCUUUCUUUUUGAUUUAAAAAAAUUCAAAAUAAUAAAAAAAGGAAUCAAUAUUAAAGAUAGACUGAAUUGGGGCCCGAUAUGCUGUCUUGUUUAGUUGUUUCAUAUACGCAAAGGCCGUCGGGUUUUAAAGCAAUUAUAAAAUCAAUAUUUAAAACAAACUUACCUUCGUUAACGUCGGCUCCCUUCUUUUAGCCGAUUCUUUCGCCAUUUCUUUCUUGAAAUUAACAAAAUCUUGCAAAAAUGCGAGCAAAAAUGAAAUAUAUUUGCAAGAAAUUCAUCAAUCAUCAAAUAAAGAAAUGUUUUCUAUUUCGCUGUCGUCAUGCAGUCGUUAUAAUGCAAACUUUAAAUUGGACCAAUCACAGUGUUUGCUAUUCAUGACAGUCCGCCAUAUUUUUGAGAUCAGUGAGGAUGACCACCCACGGUUGGUGACCCACGCCCGCGAUAUUUGAUGAACUUUAGACUUCGCUAAUGCUUUCGUUUCCCCGGGUGUAAAUAGCCGGGGGGAAUUAGUACCCUCGCACGGCGCUUAGCGCCGUCGGCUCGGGGAUAAAGUAAUAAAAUUGUAGUAUGAUAAUUAAAACCAGUUAAAAAAUAGUAAUGAAAUAAUAUCAAAUUAGCUGAAAACUAGCAAUGCAGUACCAUGGUUGACAGGUAUAUUAUCGUUUAAAAUUGUAUAAAAUAAUACACAUAAAACAGUUUGUAUUCUUAUUAGCUGUCAAUGCUAGGUUGUGGCAGUUUAAGGGUGGCAGGGGUGAAUGUGGCAGUUUAAGCAGUGUCAAAUCAAUGGCAUUGUUUACCACAGUCAGAGUUACCAACAUUUGAGUAACUGUAAGGAAUCUAUUACACGAUUGGCUGGAUUGGGUUUCAAAUCAAUUGCAGGAGGAGCAGUCUAGUAGUCUACUAGCAGUUAGACCCAUGCCACCAACCAUCUUGCAGAUCAAGCAGUUAUUGCCAAUACAUGCGAACUUAAUUGCCAGUAUUAAAAGGUGAAAAAUGGGCAAGCAGACCACAGUCGAUAAGCAAAAUUGUCUAGCUUGAGACCUCACAGUUAAAUAUUGUGUGCAGAACUUAAAGUAGGGAGUGUUAAGGAAAAUUACAUCUAAAUAUGUCAAUAUGAAACAUCAUGGACAUGAAACAUCAUGAGUCUAGCUGGACACUUUCCUUGGCAAAUAAAAUUGUCCAACAUUAGGCAAGAUACAAAAACAUUUAAAUAUUAACAAACUGCUGAAAAUUGGGCACUUCGCAGUGAAAUGGGUAAUUUUAUUAAAAAAAAAAUUAGUUCACCCUUGUCGUGACUUGCCGGGGUGUCUCUAAAGAUAUAUAUAUAUAUAUAUAUAUAAAAUGUAGCCCAAAGGUUGUUACAUAUAUUAUUAAGCAGAUCAUGCAGGUGGUGUAGAUAAAUGUAUUCAUAUAUUAUAAACUUUGAACAAGCAAACAAAGGACUUUGACUGUUUCCAGUUAGAGCACUUCCAUAAUCAAGUUGCCACACAACAAAUUGAUCAAAUUGACAUUUUUACCUAUUAACCGACCCACCCGGCAUUAAAAAAUUCAAGCAUGGCAUACAGAGGAAAUUGAAAUUAACCCUCUAUACCCAUUCCAUUGAUAUCCUAGUGCAUUGUACUAUUACCCUCUGAUGUUAGACAUGGUAAAAUCAAACAGCACUGAAAGAAUCCAGCUUUGAUGCAACCAACACCUGGUGUUAGACUGAGGGUGAAAAAAAAUAAAGUAGGGUAUAUAAGUGCUAUAAUGGUAAAGUGCAUGAGACAUCCUUUUCCGGCUGAUAAUUUCAGCAAAUAUACUAGAUAGAUAUAAGUAGAAUAUAAUAUAAUGACAUGUCUUGCAAAUAUAACGACAUAUACAGUUUUUAUAAAUUGUGUGUUAAUUACUGUAUCAUAUAUAUAAUGCUCUCCUUAUUCAGAAUAACUUUUAUUCUAUGACUAUUGUAACUGAGACAUGCACAUUUAGCUGGGAUAUAUGCCUAGGUAUUUAUAAGCAUAUAAAGAAUUGAGGACUGAAACUUGAGUAGAUGCCAAGCUAUAAUAUAUUAUUUAAUUUUGAUACAAGAUCGAAACACUGUCACUGGAAUCUGUCAUAUAUUACACAACUAUUAACUAUUUGGCAUUAGUUACAAUAAACAUAAUUUAAUAUAAAGACUGAGUCAAAUGUAUGAAGCUUUGAACUAAACUAUUGUUUUAUAUCAUCGUUUUAAAUAUUGUCGCGGCAAAUUCAAAUUUUAAGCCGAAACAUCAAGCAGCUGCAUAUGCAUUCUCAAAAUUCACGAAUGAAGAUUGAAGUAGAAAAUAUUUCCCUUCAAAAUUGCUGUAUUAUACACAAAAUAUAACAAGAUUCUUAGCUGGAUAUUACUCAGUCAUCCUUGAUGUUUCAUCUUCGCUUAUUAAGGCUUCAUCGGCUCAUAAUAUCGAGCGAAAUAUUACUUCGAAAUUGUCGCGGCAAAUUCAAAUUUUAAGCCGAAACAUCAGAGGUCAUCAAACACGUGCAUUCUCAAAAUUAACGAAUGAAAAAAGCAAAUAUUUCCUUUCAAAAUUGCUCUAUUAUUCAUAAAACAUAACAAGAUUCUUACCUGGACAUUACUCAGUCAUCCCUGAUGUUUUAUCUUCGAUUAUUCACAGUUAAUAAAGCUUCAUCGGCUCGAAAUAUCGAGCGAAAUGUUGUAACUUCGAAAUCACGAACUGAUUAUAAAAAAUAUGGCGGGGUGUAAAUUCAGUGCUUCCACUUCCACUUUCAAAAAAAUAAUUUUCUUCCCAACUGCUCAAAAUUUCCUUAUUUUUGACAAAAAUUCCUUUGAUGAAGAUGAAUUUUACCUAGUUUAAAACUGAUAUUACAGUAAUUCAUCUUGAAUGACGGUGUAUUUCUCGGGCGAGAAACGCCAUGAGCGUUGCAAUUAUAAAUUAAUUAUAAACAAAUGCAACAGGAGGCUUGAGGUCAUGCCUCAAACAGCUGGGAAAUCUGUUGCGCAUGCGCCAGAUUGCCAUUGAAAUUUCCCCGAAGAAAUAUUACGAGAUGUUCGUGUUGUUGUAUAUUUUUGAAUGCCUGUUUAAUCUUUAUAAUUGUUUUGCUUCAGACAAAGACAAAGACAAAGUAAAAUGUACUCUACGUUUCCAGUGUAUAGAAUAUCUCGUUUGAACAGCAAUAGAAUAUUAUAAUCUGGACACAAACAAGAAGACAUUUGACACGCUAAAUCUGCAGUCAUGCCUGAGGUAUAAAAGCCAAUCGUCGCGAGCUUGACAGCCUUGUCAAACGCAAAACAAGUACAAAUUUGGGUUCAAACAGAAAGAAGUUCAAUGUUAAUACAACUAACAUAUAUACUAUACAAAUACGGGUGGUUUAAAAUGUUUUCAAUUGAACUUUCAAAGCUUUUAUCUAUCGCUAUGAUAAUCAAACAUGAAACUGUGAAAAUGCCGGCUUUUGUUGACGCUUGCGAAUGCAAAAUAACUUCCCGUAAACAGAGCAUUUCUACACAAAACUCUCGCUUAGUCUUCUGAUGCACUUGUACGUUCGGUUCUACUAGUUAAACAAGGAAAAUAUUCAAGAAACACUGGUAAAUUAUCGUUGUCAAAAAACAUUUCAGUGCUGAGGCAGUACAAGGUCUCAAGGGCAAGGUCAAGUUGUCGAUUUCAUUACAUUUUACAGUACUUCGGAAUGUUUUCGAACUCUUGCUUCAUACAAGAGCAGUAAACGCACGCAUUUCAAAGCGAAAUUAGACCCAAAGGGGCAAUUUUUCAACAAAAUUCACUGUUAAAUUAUGUUUCCUAUGUGCCUUGGGAGCAAAAAAAUAUGAUUUUAAAUUUGGAGGAAUCGGUAAAUUUUUUUGCAAUUUGGCCUGGUAUUGCACCCUACCUAUGUAAUGACUGUGCUGUAAAAGUAAUCAAAUAUACUAUUUUGAAUUUCCCUUCAUUGAAAGGAUGUACUAUUGUGGACUAAACUAAAUUUUAAUCAGCAUACAAGGCUGCAAACAACAGCCAAGACUUAGCUGGGUAGUUUGCAAACUUUAAAAAUAAUUGGACCUCAAACUUUGAUCCCCAAAAGUAAACAAAUGGCCAAUACUGCGAACAUAAUCCAAGUUUUGACCACUAGGGGCAAUUUUUAGAUGUAAAAAAACUUGUUUAAAUUACAUAUCAAACAAAGGCAAAACAAAAUUUGGUGUUAAUUUUUUGGAGGAAACGUCAAGGUUUUUUGCUAUCCGCCCAUGCUUCUACACCCCCUCCCCCAGGAUCUUCUCUAUCAGAAAACAGUUUUCUGCAGAAACUAUACUUUUUUAUCGGGGAAAUUUUUACUUUUCUCAAAAAAAUACUUUAGAAACACGGAAACCUUAAAUAUUUAAAUAAUUUUCAUACCUUUUUGGGAUUGCAAAAAGCCAAAUUUGAUUCAUUAUCACACUUUUUAAAAUAUAUGUGACAAAGUUGCUUCGAAAUCACUAUCACGCAGUAGCAUGUUUAUUUACUGGCAUCCUUUUGACUGAAUAAAGUUUAUCUUUUUGAAAAGCUAUUUGUUUUAUAGCUCUUGCUUAGCAGUUUACGUUUAUGUCGAUUUUGGCACCCAUGAGGCCAACAAGUUAUGGUAAUCCGCGAAUGAAAACUGAUAAUCGAAGAGCACAAAAGCCAACUCCUAGUUAUGUAACUUUAUCGCCUGAAGUUUGAAUCAAUCCACAAUUAAAUUUCUGGUAAUGUUGAUGCUUUCCAUACUUGAGAUGUUAGAAGUUUUUCCAACAAUUUAAUUUCCUUGAUUGCCAUCUUAAAAAUGCAAAAUCAUCAGUUGAAAUUUCACUCGUGUUGUUUUUUCGAAUUUUUGUAAAAUAUUUAUUUCUUUUUGCAAAGAAAUUUCCUUGCAAGUGGAAGCCUGCAUGGGAUGACCAGUGGGGAUGACGCUGUACGCAAUAGUUGAAGCCUCCUCCUUUUCUCACCCUCCGCCCCUCACCCCCUUCCAUUAUUAAUGAUUGGUCCCUUAUCUGUGUAAAUGUAAAAUACGGUUCUAUUUUAUUUCAUUUUGCUAAGUAGGAAAAUUCAGUAUGUUUAAUUUAAAUAGACUAUUUUAUACAUAUCUGCAAAUUGUAAUCCUGAAGCGCUUGGAAAUGCCCUCAUUGAAAUAGACCUGGAUAUCUGGCGAUAUAUUGUCCAAGGCAAAGGAAUACCAUGUGAGCACAGGGGCCAUUUUCUUUACCAAGAAAAAGACUUUAGCCGCUUCCACAUGCUUCCAUCUGAUUGGUGGUACUAUUUGUCAGAGCAAGGUGAAGGCAAAAAAAUAGAUUUUCCCUUAAAGCUAAGGCCAUACUUCUUUGGUUGCCUAAGAAGCACGCCGUUAGGGGCGGGAAGCAUUCUCGUACCCAGAGCCCUUCUUACGCGCGUUCGACCGAGCACGACGAGGGGCUCUGGCCAAAUCCAUAUCAAACUGGCUUCUGAUUGGCCACAACGAAAUAUAUGGUUUAUUAUAGUAGAUAUGAAUAAAAAUACACAAGCGCUCCACGAAGCGUUGGUUUCCCUUUGAAAAUUGGGAGAAAAGACAUUAUUAAAGUUGAAAGAACAGCAGUACGAAGCAGUUAGGAAGAUUGUUGUUGAUAAUCGCCCACAAAAGCGGUAUAUGUCGCUAAUUUUAUUUAUUUAAAUCAAUUAGUUGAUUGAAAUUAAUAGGUUGAGACGUGAUGUUCUCAUAGCAAAAAGUCAGCAUAUUUAUGGCAGAUGCUCAUCGUAUUUCCAAAUCAGUGAUGUUAAUCAAACAAAUCUGUGUUAUAUGUUCAAAGCUGAAGUGCCAUCUGAAGAGAAAAUAUUAAAGCCAGCCAGAAUAUGAAGUUAAUUGUGAUGACUAUUUUCUUCCUAGAAACCGAUUUUUUACAAUUUUCAAAUGAUUUGCAGUAUAGUAUGUCUUAUGUAUGACUGUUGACUUUUAAUAAAACACAAAAAAAGUCUAAAAAUCUGUACAACAGCGACUUAAAAUCGAAUAUAAAAUAGUGAGACAAUCUCUCGUCUUCGUAUCCGUAGCCAUUACUGCUUUGGCAACGUUUAAGAGGGAAAUAUAUACUAAAUUUUUAUCAACAUGCAUUGAGAACAUCACGUCUUACCUACUAAUUGAUUUAAAUAAAUAAAAUUAGCGAAACCUACCGCUUUUGUGGGGUUUUCCUGGAGAAAAACUUUCAAAACGAAACAAACAAGAAAGCCGAACUGUUUAUCCGCGUUUGACGUUGAGCAUGCGCAGUGUUUAACCGGAUACCAUGUUUUUAUGGUAUCCGGUUAUGGAUUUGGCCAGAGCCCCUUGUCGUGCUCGGUCGAACGCGUGUAAGAAGGGCUCUGGGUACGAGAAUGGGGCGGGAAGCUUGUGGAAACACCCAGAUUUCCAACCCUACUUAUUUUUUUACCCUACCCCUACUUAUUACCAACACCCUACUUAUUCUUUUACUUGUCUAACGCUAGACUUGCUCCAAGUCUGCCUCUUGGAUGUUCCUAUUAAAGUAACUUGAGUUUUACUUUAGUUUUAUAAAAGUAACUUGAGUUUUACUUGAGUUUUAUUAGUAGCAGGCGAGCCGAAAAGGAGCGAAAAAAAGCGGGCGGCGCGGGAAAGGAGCGAAAAAAAGCGGGCGGGAAAAUGGCGGGCAAGGAGGGAGGGGAGAGGCAGACUUGUUUCCCUUGCAGCGCGCCAAAUUUACCGGCUGAUUUUUCAACCGGAGGCGUGGCCUAUCAAUAAUAUGAUUCAUUCGUUUCAUUGCGUGACAUUUGCAUGUUCGAGACUUUUUGACAAACGACAAGAAAGUAAACAAACUCUAUACGGAGAUGAGAUCAAUCAAGGAUGCUAUUAUUUACGGAGCAAGUAAGUGUGGUUUCGAUACGAUCAGAGAUCAGCAGAGGCAAGUUGCCGAGGCAUAUCUUUCAGGACGAGAUGUGUUUAUGUCUGCCCCAACUGGAUCUGGUAAAAGCUUCACGUUUGAGAUUGCUCCCUAUGCAUUUGAUUUUAUGUCAAGCGAUCCUAACGCAGUUGUUGAAGAAUGUCGAUCAGUAUGUCUUGUUGUGGUUCCUCUCAUUGCAUUAAUGAAUGAUCAAGUCGCUUCUUUAACUUCACGAGGACUAUCAGCAGCUUGUGUUGGAGGUGAAUCAGAAUGCAGUCCAGAUCAGAUACGAGAAAUUUGUGAAGGCAAAUACAAGAUCGUAUUUGGAACUCCCGAAGCACUGCUUAAUAACCAUCGUGGUAUAUUCCGAAGUCCUCUUAAGAAGCAUUUGAAAGCCGUAUUUAUUGACGAAAGUCAUUGCAUUGCAAAAUGGUAAGCUUUUAUAUUACUAGCUUUUCAGAUAGACUUGCUCCAAAUCUGCCUCUAGUUGGAUGUUUUAUAGUAUAAAUUACAAAAUGAAAAACACAUUAUACCAAGUGAACAUCAUAUCGCACAUAUAUAUAUAUAAAUACAUAAACAGCCUCUUAAAUUGACAUAGAGUUUGACCGGAGUUCCUAUGGCUGUGUAUAAAUAUUUUAUUAGCAGACUAGUAGUGCAAAUUCAUAUCUUUAAUAUUAAAUAAAUACUAUAUCAACUUUUUUAAGGGGAACCAAUACCAAAACUGAAGAAGCCUUUAGAAAAGACUAUGGACGGCUUGGGGAACUUAGGUCAUUGUUGAACCGUAAUGUCCCAUUCAUAGCAUUGACUGCUACGGCAACACCAGAUGUGAGAGCAAUUAUUGUGAAAGAUCUAACCAUGAGAGACUGUGUUAGGAUUAUCAGUGAUCCCAACAAGCCGAAUAUCAGGUAUGCAGUUAUUGAGACUGAUCCAAGUGAUCUAUAUGGAACAUUUGGUCAUAUUAUUGAUGACAUUCGGAAGAAUAAUAUAAAAGCAUCAAAAGUGUUAAUUUUUUGUCGUAAAAAAGAGCAUGUUAAGGACCUGUAUGAGCUGUUCAGCGAACAUUUGGGUACACAUGCCUAUUACCGACCAUCUGACCAAGAACCAGUUGAUGAUAGAUCGAGGAUUUUUGCAAUGUACCACAAAAAAACGCACAAACUGGUAAAGUCAACAAUUGAAAGGGAAUUUUGUGAAGAAGAUGGUAUAGUUCGUGUUGUGUUUUGUACCAUUGCAUUUGGAAUGGGUGUGAAUGUUAAGGGUGCACAUCUUGUUAUUCAUGUUGGACCAUCUGGUGAUUUGGAUGAUUACCUCCAAGAGUCUGGUAGAAUAGGACGAACAGGGAACCAAUUAAAUCAUGCCAUUCUUUUGCGUUACAAAGGAUGCACUAGAAGUAAGAAUAUAACCAAACAAAUGAAAAAUUAUGUAACUAACAUAUCAGAAUGCCGACGAACUUUGUUGCUUAGACCAUUUUCAUGCACCACAGAAGCAAGUUCUACCUCUAGUAUUGCAAAACAUUGCUGUUGUGAUGUGUGUGCAGAAUCCUGCAGAUGUGUAUGUAUUUGUGGUACAAGUGUUGACUGUAAAUGCAACAACUUUUGUCCCAAACAACAGUAUCAAUCAAUUGCAGAAAUAGCAAUUCGAACAGUACAUGCUGAAAAGAACAGUGUUAAUACGACAACAAAGAAAAUAGUGAAUGUUGUCACUGAUGAGCAGCUGACUUGUCUUCAGGAUCAUCUGAUGGCUUAUCGGUCAGAACUGGCACAGAAUUGUUGUCACGAGAAGCUAUUAACCGGACUUGAUUAUGCAACAGGUUAUUCAUCCAUGCUAGUCAAUGACAUUCUGAAAAAUAUUAAGUAUAUUGAGAGCUUGCAAUCACUAAAGAGUCAAUUCUUCUUUUACAAUGAUGAACAUGCUGUCAAAACUUGGGAGAUUAUCUGUGAUGUUUUGUCGCUUGUCACUGAACAAGUCACUAGUUCUAAUGAGACCAGUUCCAUUGCUGUUGCAGGUAAUAAUGGGGAUGCCAGUGAGAGUGCUAGUGAUUGUGACAGUGAAGACAGUAACAUUAGUAUUGCAGAAAGAACAGUAAGACUGCAUAUUAUAAGUAGUUCUGAAGGGGAGGAAACUUGCUCAGACUAA